UGACACAGGAGCUCCAUGCGGUAUUAUUUCGGAAGCAAAGUUGAAAACAAUUAAAAAACAAUUCCGUUUACUUCCAUCCGAACGACAGUUUUCUAGCUAUUCAGGACACAGCAUCACCUGUUUAGGACGUUUGCCAGUCAACGUAGCCAUAGGGUCUGCAAAUAGAAAACUAAACGUUUAUGUUGUUUCGGGAACAUCCGAGCCGUUAUUCGGUAGAGAAUGGAUCGCGCAGUUUUCAGAUCAGAUCGAUAUAAAUUCCAUGUUUGCUCCUAAUGUUUCUGUCCAAUCAGUCACUGACAUAGAACCAUCAGCCAUUCAAAAAUUGAAACUCAAUGAUCUUUUGGAAAAUUUUCGAGAAGUUUUUAGCGAUACCCCUGGAAAGCUAAUUGGUCCUCCGGCAAAAGUACAUCUAAAGCCUGGCGCCACACCUAUCUUUUCUAAGGCUAGAGAGGUGCCACUUUCUCUGCGAGAGCGUUACGCAGCAGAAAUCAACAAAAAGAUUGCAGCAGGUUUUUACGAACGAGUUGAUUACUCCGAAUGGGCUUCACCCACACACAUCGUUGUUAAAAAGAACGGGAACAUCAGAAUUACGGGUAAUUACAAACCGACUGUUAACCCUCGUAUGAUAGUCGAUGAACACCCCAUCCCGAAGGUCGAGGACAUUUUUAACAAACUGAAGGGAGCUGCCUUCUUUUGUCAUCUAGAUUUAACCGAUGCAUACACGCACCUUCCUAUAGACGAUGAUUUCAAGCACGUCCUUACGCUAAACACUGUUACACAUGGUCUCAUUCGACCGACCAGAGCAGUGUAUGGAGCCGCCAAUAUCCCAGCAAUAUGGCAAAGGCGUAUGGAAAGCGUUCUGCAAGACCUAAACAACGUGGUCAAUUUUUACGACGACAUAAUCGUAGCCGCAGCCAAUUUCGACAACCUGCUCGAAACCCUCAAAGAUACACUACAGAAACUGAAAGAUAACGGACUCCGGCUUAACCGAGCGAAAUGUGUAUUUGCUGUCCCUUCGUUAGAGUGUCUUGGUCACAAGAUCGAUCGCCAUGGGUUGCACAAAUCCGACAAACACAUUGCCGCAAUCCGUGAUGCUCCACGUCCAAACACCCCGGAAGAGCUGCAGCUAUUUUUAGGCAAAGCUACCUAUUACAGUUCGUUCAUUCCGAACCUUUCAACACGAGCUCGUAGCUUACGUGAUUUGCUCACAGCGCAGACAUUCGAAUGGAAUGACGACGCGGAUGAAGCCUACCAAGAUAUUAAGGAAGCGCUAAUCUCACCGCAAGUCUUGGUACAAUACGAUCCUACACUUCCCGUCAUCUUAGCCACGGAUGCCAGCAAAACCGGUUUGGGAGCCGUACUAUCACACCGAUUGUCUGACGGAACGGAACGCCCCAUAGCUUAUGCUAGCUGCACGAUGUCCAAAACAGAGCAAAAGUAUCCGCAGAUAGACAAAGAGGCGUUAGCAAUCGUGUGGGCAGUGAAAAAGUUCUUUCACUAUUUGUAUGCACGUAAAUUUACUUUAGUGACGGACCAUAAACCGCUAACACAAAUUCUACACCCCGAGAAAUCCCUUCCAACGUUGUGUAUUAGCAGAAUGGCGAAUUAUGCGGACUACUUGGCACACUUCAACUUCGAUGUUGUAUUCAAGCCUACGAAUCUCAACACGAACGCUGACUACUGUUCGAGAAUCCCGAACAAUUCUAAUGUCAACCAAUUCAAAGACGAGGGAAGAAGCUCAGGCGACGAUUUUGAACAAUUUGCGCAUGUCCAAAUCGAACAACUGCCAGUAAGAGCAGAGCACAUUGCUCGAGAAACACGCAAAGAUCCUCACCUAGGAAAAAUCCUUCAACAUCUUGAGCAAGGUCAAAACCUCGGACAAUAUGGAUACAAAGCACCCGAAUCGAAGUACACAAUCGCAGCCAACUGUUUACUCUUUGAGCACCGAGUAGUCAUACCAAGCACACUACGUCAAGCCAUUCUUAACGAUUUGCAUGUGGCACACUUCGGCAUCGUUAGGAUGAAAGCCUUAGCCCGAUCAUAUGUCUACUGGCCCGGCAUCGACGCCGAUAUAGAGAAAACAGCUAAGGAGUGUCACGCAUGUGCUCGUUAUGGACCAACACCUCCCAGGUUCGACAGCCAUCACUGGGAGUAUCCGAGUGCUCCCUGGGAGCGCAUCCAUAUUGACUUCGCUGGUCCCGUAUGCAACACUAUGCUGUUAAUUGUUGUCGACGCUUUUAGUAAAUGGGUCGAAGUCAAGCCCACAAACACUAUAACGUCAGCAGCAACAAUUAAAAUUCUAGACGAACUCUUUGCAACGUAUGGAGUACCGAUCACCGUAGUAUCCGAUAACGGUACUCAGUUCACCGCAAAUGAGUUUAAAGAGUUCCUGCAAAAGAGUGGAGUCAAAUAUCACAAACUCACCGCUCCUUACCACCCAGCAACCAAUGGACAAGCCGAACGUUAUGUCCAAACGGUGAAAAAUGGUCUCAAAGCUAUGGGAACCACAAGUGCUAACCUCACACACAACUUAAACACAUUCCUACAGCAUUUCCGUAAAACUCCACACGCCGAGACGAAAGACUCUCCAGCCAAACUGUUUCUUGGACGAAACAUUCGUACUCGACUCGACCUCGUGAGACCACAAGCUGUUCACUCCAGUGUCUCCGAAAGACAAAAAGCCCAGUUCCGGCCUGCGUUUCGAACUUUGCCACCUGGACAGUCCGUCUACGUACUAUCAGGCAACACGCGCAUGGACAAGUGGAUUCCGGCUACCAUCUUCGCCCGAUUGGGAGACCUACAUUACGAUGUGUUGUACAACGGUCAACAUUUGAAGCGGCACAUUGAUCAAAUUCGACGGUUUGAAAUGAAGACCAACGAUGAAGAAGAAAGUUCUUCAGCUGCAAUCUCACCACCAGUUGCAACGACUACCACAUCGACACCACUAACUGUAUCUUCAAGUACCGCUACUAGAAGGCUUCGUUUCUAUGGCCACGCAGCACCGUCAGCCCCAGCAGAACCAGAGCAGGUCGUAACAGCUGAUGACGAUUUGGAGGAUGAGACCUUCUCAACACCAUCUUCCAGCCCACAACCACCAGGAAACGUGUCAACAACUUUGCGUCGUUCGACCAGACCCCGGCAGCCUCCCAAGAAGUUUUCUCCCUAG